GGACUAGAGCCCAGGUUGUAAAAAUCCGAAAAGCAAUUGAAAACUGGAUUUCUAAAACCGAAAAAUGGUUUGCCGAAGAAAAACGGCUUGACAUCUCUAUCUAUUUACGAUUCAACCAACGAAUAUGGUAUACUGUAUUUGGUUUCCUUACACAAACGAAAUAGUGAAACAAAUAUGGCUGAUACCGACGAAAUGAGAGAUGCUGGGCUUGAAGAAGGAGAGUGUAGCAGUGAUUCUGGCAAUGAGCAGGUUCAGAUUCUUUUAAAUAAUUAAAAGAAAUUGUUGCAGAUACAAAAUUUAAUAUUAAAUAAUCUUACAUUUAAAGUGGCUAGGCCUAUAUCUCACUUCGACGGAAUUAAUUAUUUUCCGUGAAAUAACGGUUGGCGUCUGCUACUCUUUAAUCUUUACUUUACUUUCUGUCUUCACCUGCUAACCGACCUGCCUAAAUGCCAAUGCUGCAUGCUACUAACACUUAUUACGAUAGCCCUUAUUACUUAUUACUGCUGAUAGGAAUAGACUGCUACUAGUGCAAGACUAUGAUGGUUUACUAGUACUAUGAUUUACUAUUUCUUAAUUUUUAAGAAAUUAAACUAAUAACUACUUUAGCUCUAUUUGAAUUUGAAGAAUAUACUAUGCCAGACAAAAUAUUUUCCCAAGGGUUGGAGGCUGAGCAACAAAACAGGCUACAUUUUUCCAGGUGGGUAAUUGAAAGUGGUAGCUUCCUAGCCUCUAGCCCUAGCUUAUCUUUGGCUGGGCAAAUGACAACAACCCUCUCCUGAAGAACAGUGGUCAGUGGUAGUUUUAUGAAGACCAAUGAUAUUAUUUUUUCUGAAGCGUUCAUUAAUGUCAUUAUUAUUCAUUUAAUUGCAUUUUAAUUUAAAGUAGUUUCGUCAUUACUUGUCCGCACUAUAUUGCGCAUGUCGAGAAAUGAAUCAACAUUUUUUGUGGCCAUGAAAUAAUCGACUCUGCGGUGAUCUCGUUUUUUGCUUUUCACGUCGCAGUGUUCUAAUUACUAAUAAUGAAUUAAUUUUGUCAUCAAUUCCUGAAAAUAUUAUUUGUUUUACGAUGACGCACAACUGAUUCCAGCUUGAGUCUAAUAGUAUCCGGUUGCGAAUGGCGGCGCUGCGUGUCUAGGUCCGUUUUGACUCAGUGCUAUUCGGAUGUCAUUUGCGGUAGUUUAUUUUAGUUAAACUGAAGAGUUAAGUUUAAAAACAUAAAGUCCAUUCAAUUAUCUUUCAUUUGAUACCUUCUUUGUCUUACAAACCAAACAAUAAAAUUUUAAAUAGUUUUUUUAAUCCCAACCUCUCACUUCUGGUACCCAGGUAGGAAUAGCCACUUAGUUUAAUUUAUUUACAAAAGUGGGAUGGUUUUGGGGAGGGGGGUGGGGGUGGUUUAGUCAAUUUAGUGUGUUAAAUUUUGUUAUGUGAUAGUGUUCCAAAAUCUGCCGAAAUGGCAUACAUCACUCAUGUCAUAUUUUUAAAAGUCUUAUUACAGCUGUUUCAAAAGGGGAGGAGAAACUCUCAGUAUGUAGUUCAAUUAAUAUGUAAAGCUUCACCUCUUCAUUUAUAUUUUUGUGUUUCAGAUGUCCACAAUCAGUUCAAAGCCAGCUCCUUUUAACUUAUACGCACAACCAAAUAAUAAUUUGAACUAUCGCUCACAAAUACCCCAGAUAACUAUAAACUCUGAAGAAAGCAAUGAUGACAGUGAUGAUGGAAGUCCUUCCCCAUGGAAGCGACAGCGGAAUCCACAUGAUAAGCCUUGCCAACUUGAUGAGCUUUCUAAUGUUCCAUUCGUUAAUCCUUUGCUCUCUGGUGAUUCAUUGUCUACCAGGGUAACUAAACGAAAGAACAAUAUUUGGGGAUCAGUUCUCACAGAGCAAGUGUUGGCACAGGAAGUAAAAACAUUUGGUGUAAAUAAUAAGUUAGUUAACAUGGGUGGUCGUGAUGUGGAAAGCUAUGAUUUUACCAAAGCAAGAGAAGAUGAAAGACCUAAUUUAGAGUUGAAUCCAAAUUUUGAUGAAUAUAAAGAUGAUAUUUUUGGUGGUGUUGUUGAUUUAGAAACGGAAGUUAAAAAAAAUGAGAACCUCAAUAGAAAAAGGAAAGCCAAACAGCGCUUAGGGAAAAAAUCAUACAAUCAGCGUAAAGUUCAUGAGUUGGGAGUUGGUGAACAAAACAGUGAGGUGGAAAUUGCAGAAGCAAUUACAAAGGGAUUGUCUGAGCCAAAGGUGGAACUCAUCAGUGAGUAAAUAACUUUUUUCAAAAUUUUUAAGUUGAAAUAUUCAGAUUUUUAUAAAAUCCAAAAUUCCAUGUGGCUGUAGGACUAGUUUCAUAAUAUUAUAGUUAUAGCAUUUAUUUGGAUUAUUUGAUGUAAGUAAACACUUGUGUUUGUGAUAUUUACAGCUCGUAUUGUGGAAACAUUGGGCAAAGCAACAGCGAUUAGACUUUACUACAUGACAGAAAAGGUUGAAGAGGCAGGUGGCAUGAUGACUAAUGUAAGUGAUCAGCUAAACUAAAGUUUUUUAAACAAAUUCUUAGUGAGUGGCAAUAUUUUAAUUUGUUAAAUCUGUUGCAGGAUGGGUUUCGUCGACGUACACCUGGUGGAGUGUACAUACAACUUUUAAAAUCAGACAGUUUGGUUAGCAAAGAGCAAGUUGAGACCAUAUUCAAAAGUGAUAUUGAGGAAUGGAAAAAAACUUUGCGCAACAAGAGAAAAGUGUAAGCUAUAGAUUUUUUAAAUUCUGACAUCAUCAUUGUGGAUAUAAAUUAUUUUAAAAAAAUAAGCCUGGUGGAAAGGUUAGCAAGCUUUAAUCAUAAUAGAAACUUUUAAAAAAUUCUGUUGAAAGGGUAGCUUAGGAAAUAUUUUAAAAAAUAUUAAUUAAGUGUUAAUGAAUGUGACAAACUAUUCUGAACAUUGCUCACAUCUGUUCUAUGCUAUUUUUUGUGACUGGUACUUCAAAUAUAAUUUGGAAACAUGCUGACAUAUUUGAAUUAUCAAACUGACCACACCUUUAGCCUCCAAUGUUUUAAAAAAAAAUUAAUUACAAAACAACCACUGAUAAAUCUCCUACACUAAUUUUUUGAGAUGAAAACAUUUUUUUUUUAAAAAUCUUUAAAAGGAACUUGCUUUGUAAUUGCAGCAAAAAAGCUUCCAGAAAGAAGUGGAAAAGGCAGCAGAAAGCAUUGGAUCUUGAUAGACCAGAGACUCCCACUCCAGGUGAAGAUUUAGAUGUCUUGAAUUCUUUAGACAGCAAUAAUGAAUUUGAUGCCACUGACUUGCCAGAACGGCCAGCCACACCAGAGCCUAAAGAUGAUUCCUCAGAUGGCCAAGGUGAUGAUCCUGGUGAUGAGGAAGAAGAGGAUAUUGCUCUUGCCAUAGCUCGUGCUAAAGCUGCUAUCUUGAAGAAGCAAAGAGAACUUGCAAGUGGCAUGUCAUUUGGUGAGGGAAGUGGUGAUAACAGCUGUUUGCCCCAAGACUGCAAUGAAGCUGGGGACAUGGAGGAUGUGAUAGACUAAUUUUGUUUAGUUAUUUACUGUACACAAGGUGAAUAACUUGUAUUACUUUAAAAUUGUAUUUCUGUAAAUUGUUUUGAUACAAUAAAUUCUAAAUAUUUGAUUGUUUAUUUAUUUUUCUUUAGUUUUUCAGAAGUUAAGGGUAUCAAUAUUAAGCUUCCCUGAUUAUCUUGAAAGAUGAAACAUGGAUUUGAAGAACAACUAAGAAAACAAGGUUCACUGAUAUUAUAAUUAAUACAAAAUUUUAUUAAGCAGCAUGUAUAUGUUUACCAGUUCCACAAAAAUGGCUAAUGAUAUUGAUAGAAUUGGAAGUCUGUGAAU